CAGCAUUCGAAUGUUCUGCUUAGCAGAAACCAGGGGAAAAGUAUCUACCACCCUACAAUUAAAAGGUUUUGUCAGAGCCACUGAACAGCUCAAAGGAUGUCUAUGAUGGUUCAGCAGCAACAGACGGUGCGCUUUGUGUUUCUGGGAGCCGCCGGGGUCGGGAAAACCGCCCUGAUCACCCGCUUCUUGCAAGAUCGCUUCGACUCUAAAUACACGCGCACCGUGGAGGAGCUUCACGCGCUCGAGUACGACACUGACGGUGCGAGGAUGCGUGUUGAGAUUUUGGACACGAGCGGUAGUUAUGCCUUUCCAGCGAUGCGCGCUCUGUGCAUCCGCACCGGGGACGCGUUUGCGCUUGUGUACGCAGCCGACGAACUGAACUCCAUGGAUGAGGUCCAGCGACUCCGUGAGGAGAUUCUGGAGGUAAAAGGGGAGAAGUUUACAGGCAUCACGGUGAUAGAGAAUAAAGCGGACCUGGGCAGCCGGUGUCGCCAAGCCACUGCAAAAGUGAUGCGCACGGUGGAGGAGGAUUGGGGCGCGGGGUUCGUGGAGACGUCCGCGCGCACCGGCGACAAUGUUACUGGGGUAUUUCGGGACUUGCUUCAACACCUGAAGUUACCGAGCCACGUCAGCCCGGCACUUCGCAGACGGAGGCAAACAAUGACAAGAGAAAGUGCAGGGGCGCGGAAAAAGCCUCCUAUGAAGAAAAACAAUAGCUGCAUCUUGUCUUAAUGGGCAUUUAGAGUUACAUGACUUUAUAGCUGUGCAUCAUAGUGAUGCUUGACGGACUUGGAUCAAUCUAUGGACUCCAUAUAUUAAUCAAAUCUUGGACAUUGACAAAGUAUUGUCUCAAUGGCUCUGAUGCUUUAUAAUAAUCAUUUAUUUGAUUCCUUUGACUGUUCAGUGCUUGAUCUCUGUAAGUGAGAGCAAGAAAGACACUAAGUAUAUCAGAUGUAUAAUGCUGCAGAAAU